CACUGCUCACUGCCACCGGGCAGCACUGAUGAUGACGAGAAAUUCGUUUUAAAACUUUCUUGCUGCCGUAAAAAUGCGCUUUUCCGCAUCGGACCACGUAUUUGGAACAAAUGUUUGCUGAAGAAAGUCCGCCCACUCAAUGUAAGCGCCAACGUCUCUUCCAUCGCCGCCGCCGUCGUCGCCGCCGGAAUAUUUUGUUACUGUUUACUGUUUUGCUUGCACAAGUGCAGAGCUUUUCGACUUCAGUUUUGAAGUGGCGAGUCCGUGGUUUGCUCCGUAGUAUCGUUAUCUGAUUGUCACAGUUACUUUUUGCAUACGCGGCGGCCCGGCAGAAGGAGACCAAUCAGCCACCGAAACCAGUUUGUGGACUUCCGGAGAGGAGAGAAAGUGACGCACUAGACCAAGAUGUUGGCCCACUCCGCCCACGUUAUGACGCUGGCCAACAGCAUUAUUGGCGUGGGUAUUCUGGCCAUGCCUUUCUGCUUCCAGAAGUGCGGCAUAGUACUGUCCAUCGUCCUGCUGAUCCUCAGCAACUGGAUUACCAGGGUGUGCUGCCACUAUCUGAUAAAAACCUCGCUUCUGACACGUAGAAAGAGCUUCGAGCUGCUGGGCCUUCAUGCUUUCGGCGUCUCUGGCAAGCUGCUGGUGGAGCUAUGCAUCAUAGGCUACCUGAUCGGUACGUGCAUCACGUACUUUGUGGUGGUCGGUGAUCUGGGGCCCCAAAUAAUCUCCCAGAUGUUCACCCUGAACGUGGGCGAGCACCAGCACCUGCGCACCCUGGUUAUGAUUGUGGUGACGGUGGUCUGCAUCCUGCCGUUGGGCAUGCUCCGGAACGUGGACAGUUUGUCCGCCGUGUGCACUGCUUCCAUUGGGUUUUACGUGUGCCUGAUGCUCAAGAUAGUGCUGGAGGCCCAGGCGCACAUAUCCGCCAACGACUGGACGGACAAGGUUCGCUACUGGGAGCCGGCGGGCGUGCUCCAGUGCCUGCCCAUAUUCAGCAUGGCGCUCUCCUGCCAAAUGCAGCUGUUCGAAGUCUUCGAGAGUAUCAACAACCAGAGCCUCGACAAGCUAAACGGAAUUGUGCGCAAUGCCACUUGGAUAUGUACGUUUGUGUACAUAGCCGUGGGUUUCUUCGGAUAUGUGGCCUUCUGCACACACACAUUUUCGGGCAAUAUUCUGGUGAACCUGUCCAACUCAUUCGGCAGCGAUAUCAUAAAGAUCGGAUUUGUGCUGUCGAUUGCCUUUAGCUUUCCCCUGGUUAUCUUCCCCUGCCGGGCCAGUAUCUACUCGCUGCUGUACAGGAAAGGGCAUUCGGAGAGCAGUAGUUAUAUUCCGGAGCAGCGCUUCCGCUUCAUCACAAUCUUCAUAGUUACUUUUUCGCUAUGCGUGGCUUUGGUGAUUCCCUCGGUGGAGCUUAUCAUCGGACUGGUGGGCUCCACCAUCGGCGUGGCCAUCUGCAUUAUGUUUCCGGCCUCCAGUUUCCGGAAGAUUAUCAAGAAGGAGUCGAUGGAACGCACACUGGCCCAGUUUGUGUUCGUGAGCGGAUUUCUGUUGAUGAUUCUGGGCACUUUUGCCAAUCUAACUGCCAUUGACGAGAAGAGCUCGGGCCCAGAGUUCGAUGUCGUCCAGCUGGUAACGCCGCUGUAUCCGGAAGGCAAGGUUCCAGGCCUUGUGGUAGACCUACCCAAACAUUUGGCCAAGGAACCUUCGGAAAAUGAAAAGAUUCCAUUGCUGAAAAAACUGGAGGUGCAGAAUCCAGAGCUAGUAAAGGAUGCGGGCGUGGAGAAGGUAGUUGAUGUGCCAAAGGCAAUGCCGCCCAUUCCAUCCGAAAACCCACCGUUGCCUCCCCUACCCAUUGAUGAAGUCCACCCGGCUCCUAUGGAAAGUGAUAACGCUCCUAGUGAGCCCAAGAAGCCUGCGGUCGAGCCACAGGAAUCUGUACCGGAUGCGAAACCUGUUGAUGUGAACAUGUCUGCUGGGAAGCAGAAAGCCGUUCCACCACCUGAUGCGGCAGCUCCAACGGAGGCCUUCAAGAAGGAAUCCAGUCUGCUGGUGGCGAGCAACACGAUUGAUGGAGCUGCCAUCAAGAAGGAGGAGGAGGUGGCCGCCGAGGAGCAGAAGGAGAGUAAGGGCAGUGCCGAUGAGCUGCUGAAGACGCAGAACGAACUGAAGGAAACCAAGAAGCUUCUGGCCAAGACCGUGGUGGAGCUCAAGGAGGAGCUGGCCAAGAACAACGUGCCUCUCGGCCAGGAUUUGGAUAAAAAGAAGAUUGACCGUUUGGAGGACCAAAAGAAUGCACCCACCAAUGAGCUUCUGGAAAAGGAAGUCAAAGCUGCCGACGUGGCAAAGGAACCUGAAGUGAAACUCAAAGAGGAACAACCUGUGGCUGUGGAAGAGCGCAGGCCUAGGGCUUCUCUAAUCGAUAUACUCACGGAGAAUACUCACUUGCGUGAGGAGAAGGAAGCCCAUGCCGGCGUCUACGAGCCACUGUCCUACAAAACCGGAGAGCUGCUCAAGAACGCCAGUGCGGACACGGCCAGUCUCAUCAAACGACUCCCAAUCCCGCUUGCCCUGAUGGUGAAUGCAACCCAGCCAAAGGCGAGCAACGAUUCGGAGGGGAGGAAACCCAACCUUGAAGACAACGUGGAGGCCAUUCGUAGGGAGCUUCUGAACCUGCGAAGCGGGCAGUCCGAAGACGGGACCGAGCAGCCGCUGGCGAGGAUGAAGCGCGAGGCCUCCAGCGAGAACGAAAACUGCCUAAAGGAUCCAAAGUUGAACGAAGUUAACAGCAACGCGGCGGCCGUUGUGGCGGCUGGCUUGAACCUGAACAUGGAGAGCAUAGGACGCGAUCUCAAGUCCAUCAAAGAUGACGACGUCGAGACCACAACUGAAUCCUACCUGGCCAGCCUGAACGAAACCCACACCCCGCUGCCCACGUAACGUUAUGCAAAGCUUUAUGUACAUAGACCAUAGACGUAUUUAUGUAGAUUAGAGUAGGAGACUAGGUGAUCGUUUACAAAUAUACACAACCUGUAAGAUUA